UCCCCCCACGCUGCAGGGAGCGGCUGUUCCCUCGGGGGGCGCCCCUCCCCACGGGGGCUGUUCCCUCGGGGACUUCCUCCCCCCCGCUGGUCCCUGCAGCUGGCACGGGGGUGCCACCACGUGGCGGGGCCGGGGCGGGUGCACGUGGCACACGCGUGGGCACACGAGGCCCUGCCACGUGGAGACCCUGGGAAGGGAGGGUGUCACCCCAGGGGUCGGGGAUGGGACCCCAAACCCAUGGGUCGCUCUUGCUCCCUGCCCUGUCUGGCCGAGCAGGACUGGGACCCCGUAGCGGGGCGACUGCGUUCGCCCCCAAAGAUCCCGCGGCGCGGGUGGCGUGUGCCCGGGCUAUCCCAAGCGCCAGGUCACGGCCCUGUCGAGGCACCAUGCAGCCUGCACGCUUGCACGCCGGCCCGUGGAGGUGUGCACGUGUGUGUGCGACCCCAUCGCUCUGCACGUGUGUGUGUGUAUGUGAGAAAGACCCUCAUAGCUCUAGGGGCGUGUGUGAGCCCACAGCUCUGUGUGUGCGUGUGCGUGUGUAAGAGACCCCCCCCAGCUCUGUGCGUGUGUAUACGUGUGACCCCUAGCCCUGCAUGCACACAUGACCCCAGAGCUGCGUGCAGGGCGAGGGGUGCCACCUCUGCCCUUGUGCCCGCGCUAUACUCGACUGCAUCCCUGCGUGCACACGGGCGUGAGCUCACGCCGGCCGCGCCUGCAGGGCUCCGUGGGCCCCCAUUUGCCCGCGCGGGGGGUGCAAGCACAGAGCAGCUGAGAAACCCCCAUCUCAGCCGCAAGGCGAGAUAGAGGGGGCUGCUCUGCCAGCUCCCUCGGCGCCCCCCACACCACGGGCAGGCUGGCGUUGGGGGGAUGCAGGUGUGGGGGCCUCCCUGCUGCCCAGGAGAGGUGGCAGAGGUGCCCCCUGCGUCCCGCUGGGCACGGAGCAUCCCUGGUGCCCAGGCAAGCCCCCACCCCAGGCUGGAGGCAGGCUGGCAGGGAGGGGGCUGGAUCCACCCCCGGCCUGGCCCUGCCUGGUUCAGCUCCUCCCCGGCAGCAGGACCAGCCUCCAUCUCCUCCUCCUGCGUUGCUCCGCAGCUCCCGGCUGCAGCCGCUGCCAGCCGGGCAGGGACCGCCAUCAGCAUCCCCGAGCCCCCGAGCCGCAGCUGGCUGGAGCUGGGGGGGGCGGCCGGCCGUGCCCAGCCGUGCCACCCGGCUCCAGCAUCACCCCGGCGCAGCUGGGGAGGAAGAGCCGGAGCCGCCGGGGAAGGGCAAGGAGGGCAGCCCAGCCCCUGUCCCCCAAGAUGCCCAGGUGAGAGCCCCCCGGGCACGGCCAUGCCUGCCUCGCCCCCGUGACCCCGAGCCGGCGGCCCCCCUGCGCCCCCCAGCAUGGGCACGGUUCUGUCGCUGUCGCCCGGCUCCCGCCAAGCUGGCCUGUACGACGACGGCGCCGCCGGCUCCCUCGCCCACUACCCCAGCGCCAAGGGCGGCGGGUCCAAGGCGGACCGCAGCCUCAAGCGCCCCUCCAUGCUGCUGCCGGCCUUGACCUGGAAGCGUCUGGUGGCCUCCACCAAGAAGAGGAGCGGGCGAGGCAAGACCCACGACCCCCGUGGCGCCCAGGACGUGGCCCAGCUCAACCACCACAACGCCCAGAAGUCGCUGUCCUGCGCCAACCUCGCCGUCUCCGCCGGGGACGAGCAAUCCCCGGCGCCCCUCAGCGCGCAGCGUGUGCCCGCCGUCUCCAUCUCUGGGGUGGCCCCGGGCUCGUCACCGCGGCGCGUGGUGGUGCAAGCGUCCACCAGCGAGCUGCUCAAGUGCCUGGGAGCCUUCCUGUGCCGGCGCUGCUACCGCCUCAAGCACCUGUCGGCGGCGGAGCCGGGGCUGUGGCUGCGCAGCGUGGACCGGGCGCUGCUGCUGCAGGGCUGGCAGGACCAGGCCUUCGUGACGCCAGCCAACGUGGUGUUCGUGUACCUUUUGUGCCGCGAGGCCAUCGACGGCGACGCCGUGGCCAGCGAGCGUGACCUGCAGGCCGCCCUGCUCACCUGCCUCUACCUGGCUUACUCCUACAUGGGCCACGAGAUCUCCUACCCGCUCAAGCCCUUCCUGGUGGAGGCGGGCAAGGACGCCUUCUGGGACCGCUGCCUGCGCAUCAUCCACGCCACCAGCGCCCGCAUGCUGCGCAUCAACGCCGACCCUCGCUACUUCACCCAGGUCUUCGCCGACCUCAAGAGUGAGGGCACCGCCCGCCACGACCUGGCCCCAAUCCUUGACAGGUGACUGGUGCCUCUGCCCCGACCCGUGUUCCAGGCAUGGCGCCGGUGCUGAGCCUGGCCCCGUGCCCUGGGCUGGUGCCGGGGGGCUGCGGGGGAGGCGGCCCGUGGGUGCGGCAGCUGCAGGGCAGCCCCGGGCGUCCUGGUGCGCGGGCGUUUCGGUGCGUACGGCAGCUGCCCCCUCUCCUGCAGCGCUCUCCUCGGCACGUCCCCUUGGGGGGUGAGUCCUGGGGAGGGUGGUGUGUGUGCACACAUAUGUACACGCACAUGCACAAACCCCUCACACGCACCCACGCGCAUCCCCCUCCACACACACCCCCACACACCCUUGUCUGCACAUGCACGCAUACUCAAACACGCACCCCUUCCGUGAAAUCACACAUGCACCCCCCUCCACACACAUGCAUGCACACACAGAUCCCCACGUGCACACGCCCACACCCCUGUGCACACAUGCACUCCAUGAGCACACAAGUGAACCCCCUCCGUACUCUUUUACACACAUGCAUGCACACACACAUGCCCUUGCACGCACGCACACGCAUCCCCUCCACACACACAACCCUGCAUGCAGGCACACAGACCCUUGCGUGCACACGCCCACACCCUCCCUUCCAUGCACACACCCAUGCAGCUCCACACACAUGCACACACACACAAAUACCCCCCUCCACACACAUGCACACACACACAUGCACCCCCUCUGUGCACACUGCUGCCCCAGUGCCAGCCCCAGCCUCUCUCCAACCCCCGUACUGGCCUGUCACCAGCCUAGGUGCACUGGCUGUGCGGGGAUGAGCUCCGGAGCUGACCCUGGAGCCAGGCUGCACAUGGUGGACAGGUUUGGGAGCAGGGCUGGGGUCUUGGGCCCCUGCAGGUGCUCAUCCUGGAGUGGACAUGGGGGUUAUUUGGGCGCUACCUGGCUCUUAUCCCUGGGAGGGGGCUACGGACACCCUGGAGGGCAGUGGGGGAAGAGUCUUGCCUGCUGGGAGACCCCGCUCUAUGCUGGGAGCAGCCCCCAGACUCCAGAGCAAGAGAUACCCCCUGACAGCCUUGUUGAGCUCCGCUGCUCCCGCACCAUCCCAGCAGGCACCGAACCUUGCUCUGGGCAGACCCCCAAGCUGAAGAUGCCCAGCAAAGAGGAGGAAUGGGGCCCCCCUCUUCAUGCAACCCCCAUCCUGGUGCUCUGCUGUGGGGGCAGCUCCCUGCAGGCAGGGACGAGUUGCAACCACCCUGUCCUACAAGAGCAGACACUGAUGGUCCCGGGUACCGGGGGCCAAGCCGGGCCAGCACCGAGGGGUCCUGGUGAAGACAGAGCCCCCCUCCUGGCCUGUGUCCCCAACUCUGCAGGCUCUGCCUCUGUCAGGACACAGCUGGACAAAUCCCCUGCUGCUAUUUAGAGGGGAGGCCGGUGGUCCUCCUCGCCAGGCCCAGCAAAACCCAGGAGCUGCAUGGGCCUGGCCUGCUCUGCAAGGUGGCGACAGGGGAGUUGAGCUGCCUUCGCUCCCCCAUGCUGGGCUCCACGUACCUCCAGCCACCCUCGGACACCGGGGGAGAGGCUUUCUCUGGCAACAAGCUGCCAGUGCACGAGGCAAAGCCUUGCACAGAGGCAUCGCUGGAGCUGGGCCCUCCCAAGCAAGCCGGGGGGCCUGAGCAUGGUUUACGGCUAGCAAGUCUGGCAUAUAGAUCUCUGAAUGUAGCACGUCAGGAGGCGGCAGGGCUUGCGGCAACCCCUUUCAUGGGUAGCGGUGCUUGACACGCGUGUCGGCUCCACUGGUGUGUGACACAAGGGCCAGAAAAGGGCCGAGCCCAGCAGGAAAGGGCCCGGGGGUCCGAUCGAGCGGGUGCUUCCUGGCACUGGCCACGUACAUGGAGAACCACGAGUUGCGCCCGGGCUGGAGCGGCAGGGUGAUACCGGGCAGCCCAUGUCGUCAUCACGGCAUGGCGGGCGGUGCUCCUGCCUUUCCACUGCCCUCCUUGCCCAGAAUCGGGACCGUGGGCGGCAAUCUUUCCAGCCACAGCCAGCUCAGCUGCCGCCCCCACUGCCGCGUGAAGAGCCGUGUGCUCUGCCAACACGGAGACACGGACUCCCCCAUGUCUCCCUCCGGUUGCGUGUCUCCUCCUCCGCUGCCCCGGGAGGGACAGCCUCAGGCCCGCCUGGACGCUGCGUUGGCCGAACUGGACUCUGGCUGGGUUUUAAUUUCCUUCUGCGGGGCCAGCAGUCCCUGCUUCUGCCCAUCCCCGGAAAGGGGGGAUUCAGGACCGCUGUUAGCCCCCCAGGAGCCGGGCCAAGCCCCCACUGCCCGUGACUGCUGCUGUGACUCAGGCCAGAGCCCCGUGGGAGCAGGUGAGGGGUGCUCCGGCUGUGUUGCGGGGCCAGAAGGAAGGACACAGCAGGUGCUGGAAAGCCCCUUGCUGCCCGGUGUCUGGGCAAAACUGCCUUCCCUUCCUAGCUGUGCCGUGCCGGGGCCAGGAGGGUCCACACCGCGCGGCGGGCAGAGUCAUUUCCUGCUGAUGACUGUGGCACUUUAUGCAAAAUAAAACGGGAAAACUCCC